UAUGUGUGCGUAUCAUAAACAACAGUAAGUGAGCUGCCUAUCUAGAUAAAAAGGUUUUGAGUCACAGCUAGCUCAACAGGGACACACACACACACACACACACCUCACUUUAAAGCUGGAGUAUUAAAUGCGCAGGGCUCAUUUCUUCAAGUGUAUGACCAGUGGAAGUGGAUGAUUGCUCUCCUCCAGUGUGUCUCAUGUAGGGCUCAAGUGAGUUGGACUGAAGCAAGAUUCAGGUGCUGCAGGUCUCCAAGUGCUCCAUGACAUAAUGAGUAUUCGUGACUGAACAGGCAUCAGGCCUCAAGGUUUCCCACAGUGAUGCUUUUGACACUUUCAGUGCACCAAUCAUAGGAUAUCUGAGACUGAUCUGAGAUCUGUUAGCAUCACUCACAUUGAAGACAUUCACCAUGAUUGACCUAAGCUACCUGACAGAAGAAGAGCAGGAGAUGAUUUUGGCAGUGCUGAAGAGAGAUGCAGAGCUGAAGAAGUUAGAAGAACAGAGGAUCAGGCAGCUUUGUAAGUCUGAGAAAGACCGGAGAAGGCUGAAGUACUUAACUGGAGAGUGGUUUUACGAGACAAAGUAUCACAGACACAGAGAAAAGAUCCAUAGCUCCGACAUCAUCAGAGCAUCCAUGAGACAAAGGAAACCCGUGACGAUAUUGGAGCUCACUCAAAGAUGGGCAGAGAGACCCAGUUUUGUGAACAGUCAGAUGAAGGAUGUGUUCAUCCCUCCAGAGCUCUCAGGACUCAUUGAGGAGCCAUCCACGCAAUCACAGAAUGAGAGUUUGGAACAUCAGAUGCCAGAAGGCCAACAGAGACUUCAAAUCAAGCCCAGGAUGAAUCCAUUCAAUAUUAUGCGCUCACAGAGGGACAAAGACAGAAUUAUCAAUGGUGUGAAAGAGGCCAGCCAGACACCUGCUGAGGCAGUUUGUCAUGAGGUUCAUGCUCGGCCUCAGACCUCACAGGUGUCCAAUUUCCAUAGCUCUGCUGAAGUUAAAGGUAAGGCCAAUACAUUGUGCACAGAGAGCCAGACUCAUACAGUAACAGAGGAAGAGGGUCAUUCAAUUUCUAAGGUACUUGAGUGGUUUGGCCGAGGUUCUCGAGAUGCAAAGCAGAGUAAGCUGAAAGAAUUGCCAGCGCAGAGUGAGAAGAACAAAGAGGAACCAGAUGAUCAUGGAACCUCAGGCAUCAAAUCAGAAGAAUUGGAUUCUCCGGUCAUACAGCCAAAGACCAAGCCAUCUCCAAAGCCACGUCGGGGUUUUUUUGCAUUGUUUUCAAGAGCAGAGAAAAGUCCUGCAUUUCUAACAUUUGACAAAGAAAUAAUAAGUGAAGAUAAAUCCAAAAUUGCGAAUUUGGAAUGCGAAACACCUUUCACCAUGAGACCUGAACCAGAUGUCAGUAUAUCUCAACAGGACUGUGUUUCCACAGUGAGCAAGACAACAGAAAUAAAACAGGUUACUUCAAAAACAGAGUUAAUGCAACAUGGCAAUGCAACAGCUAGACCUGUUUGGGAAGAUCUUCAUAAAGAAGAGAUUUUUGACCAAGGUGAGAUAUCACCAGGUAGACUGGCCAACCUAAAGUCCUUCUGGGAAAUGGGGAACAGAGGACCAAAAAUACUGAGCAUCAAAACCGGAGCUGAAAUACAGGAAAGUGAAACAUCUCUGUUUAAUGAAAAUUAUGAAACUUUAGACAGAAGGAUUCCAGAUUCAGGCAUCAGCCCAUCAAAAUUAAAUGCCACUGAAUAUCCAGUUGAAGUAGAAUCUACAAUGCAUGAGUAUUCUUCGGUAUCACGCUAUGGUGUCGAUAUGUCUGCCGUAUCCUUAAAUGAAGAUGGAAAACCCUCUAAUUUGGACAGCAGUAAGAUGUCAGAAGGCUCAAGUAGUGAGUUACAAACACACAUGGUCAUGAGUGACGUCAGACUGGUGUCAUCCAGUUCACCACCAAGAGGUAACGCACUUCAGAACGAGUUGCAGGAAGAGCCUCUCUCUGAGUCGCUGUCCAGGGAUAUAUCUGGCCUGAAGAAGGAAAUCUCUACUCAUAAAAUAUCUCUCAGUCAACAGGAUAAUAAAGGCUCAAUUGAUGAUCUGAAGUCAUUUUGGGAGAAAGAAAAAAGUGGCCUGCGACUAAUUGUAGGCUCACAAACAUGUACACCUGAUAUUAAAGACUCAUUUAUGCCGUUGUCUUCUAAACGUUCUUCCAUAGGGUCAACUAGUCCAGAUUUAACAAGUUCCCUAGACAAAAUGACUUUGUCUUUAAACAAAGAGGUUGAUUCGAUUCUGCAAAAUGAGAAGAUGGAAAAAAGCGAGGGUCCAGCCAGAGUGCCAAUGCAAGAUCAUCAAGAUAUCCGAGGUAGGGUACCUUACAUCACCCAGAACACUUCUAAUUUCAAACCACAUUCGAUUUCAGACAAACACUUGAAGCCAAGUUCGCCUUCAUCUUCCCUCAGAAACCUCCCACAAAAUGCUCAAUGUGAUACACAACAGUCCACUAAUAUUUACCAGCCGAAAGAUCAAGGUCAGACCAGAACACCUAGCCCAUUACGAAAGCCUAAAUUACAUCCCAAGGGCUCUUAUCCAAACAAAAAUUCCAGGAAGGAUGAUUCUCCCCUAAGAACCUUUGUUAUAGAUAUCAGUCCUGCUGACAGGAGUCAGUACAUUGAUAAGGUUAAAACUCAUGAAGAGAUGCCCUCAUAUUCAUUAAAUAAUGUAACUGAGAAAAUGGGUAACAUUAAUUGUCCUGAAGGGUAUCACAUGUCCACUUCCCAAGACAUUUCAGAUCGCCGUAUCAUCACCCUAAAAGACGGCAGUCCAUUCAACUCCAAAACUGGUCACUCACAGGUUUCAGCCUCAGAAUUGAAAUAUGCAUCUACUGAACACCACAGGAAGACCUUGAAUGAAGACAUUGAUAUAAGACCCAUCAUGCCCAAAGAACGAAAGCUGACAGUGGACACAAAUUCUCAUCUGGCCCGGUCUUAUAUUCCCCUAAGUUUACACCAUUACCUUGGUGUAACCGAGCAGGCCGUCAUAGAUGAAAGAGAAAGGCUGGGACAGGUUGUGGUGCAGACAGGUGAGGCUUUUGAACGGAUGAACCAAGGCAGAGUAAGCAAUGAGAGCUCCCCCUCUCGACGUUCCCAGUCUGAAUCGGAGGAGAUCACCUUUGACUCCUCAGGGAGCUCAACACCUGAAGCCUGGUCAUUCUCACGCACCAGUUCAGCCUGUGACAGUGAGGAAGCCAGCCCUGUCAGAUCUGCUCUGGAGCGUGCCAGUGCCAGACCCCUUUCUGUUUCCAAGAGUCUAGAGGACCUGGCAUCCACACCUUCACAAGAGAGAUGGAAGACUGACCCAAGGACUGAUGUUGAGAUGAGUUUUGAAGAUGUGUCUGCAGUCGCUCCCAACACUAAAACGUAUUUCUUAGACCCUACGCAGGUGAAGAGGAUGAGUUUGUCUGCACCUGCAUUUAUGCACCAACAGGUCACUGGCAGUGUAAUGAGUAUCUACAGUAGGGAUUUUGGCAACGUGGAGGUUAAAGGCACAAUCCAGUUCGCCAUUCACUAUUUGCAAAAACUGGGAGAGUUCCACAUCUUCGUAGUGCAGUGCAAAGACCUCGCCGUGGCAGAUCCUAAAAGGAACCGGUCUGACCCGUAUGUUAAAUGUUACCUGUUACCUGACAAAGCAAAAUAUGGAAAGAGAAAAACAUGUGUGAGAAAGAAGACUCUGGAUCCAACUUACAAUGAAAUCUUGCGGUUUAAGAUUCCAAUGGAGACUCUGAAAACCCAGAAGCUGAACCUGUCUGUGUGGCACAAUGACACAUUUGGCCAUAACAGCUUUCUUGGAGAGGUAGAGAUUGAUCUGGUGGAAUGGGACUUUAAUAACACACAGAUGAAUGAAUAUCUGCUGAAAGGAAGGGUUCAGGUUCCCUCCAGCCCUAAACAUUCUGCUGAUGGUGAAGAGAUAAGAGCAGAGAUAAGAGUUGCUCUACGUUUUUUUCUUCAGUCAUCUCACAGUCACAAGAACAAGGCAAACGGUGAAGUACAAAUCUGGGUUAAAGAGUGCAAGAAUCUACCAAUUUCCAGAGGUGUUACCAUUGACCCUUUUGUCAAAUGCGCAGUCCUCCCAGAUAACAACCGGAAAAGCCGACAGAAGACCAGAGUACUGAAGAGGGUUUCUAACCCGGUGUUUAACCACACCAUGGUGUAUGAUGGCUUCAGGCCAGAGGACCUCAAAGAGGCCUGUGUGGAGCUCACUGUGUGGGAUCAUGACCGACUUAACAACCACUUCAUUGGGGGUAUUAGGCUUGGUCUUGGAACAGGUAAAAGUUACGGUGCUGAUGUGGAGUGGAUGGAUUCUAACAGUGCUGAAGCAGCCCUGUGGGACAGAAUGAUGCAAUCUCAGAAUGAAUGGGUGGAAGACAUAUUACCUUUGAGAAUGCUGGUCAUGGCAAGAAUGUCUAGAUAGAAACUGGGAAGCAUGACAACACAACAUGAACAUGAACAUGAACAGAAGAAUAUGCAAGAUGAAUGAACUGAAUCACUUGUGUUGUGAUUAUGUAAUAUUUAACAUAUUAACUAACUGAAUGGGUUCUUGACAUUUUGUAUAAGAAAAAGAAAGAGAACACAAAAAAUAUAGUAUGCCUAUGUUGUAAAGUAUGUGGGUUUCAUGUCUUCAAUAAAAGUAUAUAAAAUGUGUUAAUAUUCAAAAAAUAUAAAAGUAAUAAUUUGAUUAUCAUUAAAUUACCUUAAAGGAUUAUCCUACAAUGUGUAAAAUGAACUAAAAUUUGAAUAAACUUUAACCUGUCCAGUUGCCGUUUCGUUUUUAUGUAAAAUGACAAAUGGUGAGCUGAAAUACCUAGUAUUAAAAAAGUGGAUUUUGGUGAUCUGGAAAUACUAGGAAACUGCCAGGUAUUUAGGUUGAAGCACAAAUUACAUGGAAGUGAAUUCACCAUGUGUUCCCUCUGGAUUUUUCAAUGGGUUUUCAUAAUGGUAGUGUUGAUUUAUGAGUAAAAUAAGGUCUAUGGAAAACAUUACUUAAGGACAAGUGGAUUGUUGUUCUGGAAUAUCUAGAUCUGUGUAUUUAAUUGUCUCUGAAUGUGCCACCUAAAGUGAUUAAGCACUUGGAGAAGAUACUUUAUGAUUUCCUUUGGAGAAAAAAAACAACAAACAAAUUAUUUAAAAAGUUAUUUGUAAUAAAGAGCAAGGGGUACUUGAAGAUUUUGAUUUUGGAACACUAAUGACAGUUUCAAAAUUAAAUGUUUGAUAGAGUUUAUGAAGAAUCAACUAAGUAUUUUGAAUGUAUAUCCUGACUAUUUAAUACUCUUGAUGUAUAAAAUGUUUGCUGAAGUGUAACUAUUUUGUUUUGGAUGGAUUUGGAAACCUAUAUAAAGAUACAUUUGG